AUGGGUGUGUUCACGGUGCGUUUCAGGGAGUCCGCAAUCAUAGGUUGGGUCGUGCUCGUGAAUGUCACGGCCGUCUUGUUCAUGAGUGUGGUCACAGGACCUUUCACGGAGUCCGCAAUCAUAGGGCGGGUCGUGCUCGUGUGUUUCACGGUCUUCGUGAUCAUGAGCGCGAUCACGAUGCAUUUCACGGAGUCCGCAAUCAUAGGUCGGGUCGUGCUUGUGAAUUUCACGGUUUUCGUGGUCAUGAGCGUGGUCACGGUGCGUUUCACGGAGUUCGCAAUCAUAGGUCGGGUCGUGCUCGUGAAUGUCACG